GCUUUUCUUAAACUUGUUUUACCUUUCAGAGUUGUUAUAAAUCGAUAUUAAUGCGUAGAUAUAUUUUUGUGAUUUCGUAAGUCUUAUGAAUUGAAUUGAGUUGCUUUGGAUGAAUGAGAUUAUUAGUUUGAUUGGUAAACUCGACUGAGAAAGUUAGAUAUUUGAAUUAGUUGAUUGAUGCUGUUAAAGUGGUUUUCUUUGAAUUAUCUGAGAAGAUUUAUUAUUGAAUUUUAGGUUAAUUUUGGAAACGGUUUGAUUUUAGAAAAGAUUUAAUAUUAAAAUUUGAUUUGAUAUUAAACCCGAUUUAAUAUCGGAAUUUGAUUUUAAAAUAAAUUUGGAAAGGGCUUGAUAUUUGGAAAUGGGUUAUUUAUUGAGAAUGAUUUGCUAUUUUGGAAAUGAUUUGAAAAGUGUUUGAGGAAUGGUUUGGUUUGAAACUGUUUAAGAAGACCGAGAAUUCUUAAUUAUUGAUUGAUGCUGUUGGUUGAAGUUGGUUUCAAUUCCGAUUUAUAGGAUUGGUUGGUUGAAUUCUGGAUUUUGUAAUUUUCUCGGAUUGAGUGUUGUUGUGAUAAUGGUUAUUGGAAGUGAAUUGACUGAUUAACAGGUGUUUGGUUUGGUUUGGUUGGGACCCGAAAAGGGUGGCAGUGUCUGAGUUUUAGAGGAGAUGCUGCCAAACUUUUAUAAAAUUGGAAGUUUUAUUUGAAGUAAUUAAUUAAAAAGAUUUGUUUUUUAAACAUUAUAUGUUUCAAGAUUGAUUUAUCUAUCAGAGAAAGAAUUAUGUUUUGAAUUAGGAUUGUUAAUGGAUGGAAUAGAAAGAAGGGUGAUGAUGAUUUUCUUUGAAAUAUGGUUUUUGAAUGAAUUUGAAAAUGAGAUUUGGAUUGAUGAAUGAUGAUGAUGUUGAGAAUGAUGAGAAUGUUGAGAUAUGGAUUGAGAAUGUUGAAAUAUGAUCUUUGAAUUAUUCAUUUGGCUUAUGAAUUUGAAUUAUCUGAGAUACGAGGUUUCCUGGAUAAAGUACCAUGGCUUGCCACCACGUGUACCAGGUUGAAAACUCGAUACUCUGUUGAUCCUACGACGUAAGUGUGACCGGGCACUAUAUAAAUUCCCAGGAAUGUUACCCCCAUUGAGCAAUAUUGAUUAUUUGAGAAAAAGCUAUGCAUAAACUCUUGGGGAUGCACGUCGGGGGACAGUCUAAGGACAAUUCAGACUUGUCGGGUUGGCUGGAUAACCGACAGAUGAGCUUCAUCAGCCAUAGGACAGGUUGAGCAUGUGAUGAUUUUGGCUGCAAAUGAGUUCAUUGAGCUCUUCUGUGAAUUAGUAGUUUCCAGACUCAAUCAUUUCAAAGCAAAGGGAUUGUCUAGCAAAUGGUAGCCAUAAGAUUGGGAAUUGCUUUGGUGCUUCAAAUUGGUUUAGAGAGAGUGAUGAUAAUGAUACUGCCGAGAAGCCACGGGAACGAGGAUAAAUACAAAGUAUAUGAUCUUUGUUCUGAGCGGCUGUAUGAUGCAUCAUUGUUUGAGGGAAAUGUGGCUAGCUUUCCAUUUGAUGACCAUAAUUGCCCCCCACUUCAACUGAUUAUCUCAUUCUGUCAUAGUGCAUAUUCGUGGUUGAAGUUAGAUAUUGAGAAUGUUGUGGUUGUCCAUUGUAAGGCUGGAAUGGCAAGAACAGGGUUGAUGAUUUCCAGUCUUAUAUUAUUUUUAAAGUUUUUUCCAACUACUGAGGAGUCAAUGGAUUACUGUAAUCAGAAACGAUAUGUUGAUGGAAAAGGACUUGUUUACUAGCUAGAAUGAAGGUUGCUAAUUUGUAUUAUUCCCAGUUAGAAGAUCUUAUGUUUGAAGUAAUUUAUUUUUAGAGAAAUAAAUUGUAUUUUUAGAGAAAUAAUUUGUAUUAUUUCUAAAUAGAAGAUUUUAUGGCUGCUAAUUUAUUAUGGCAACCUAAAUCUUGUUUAAGGAUAAUUUUUAUUAUUUAAAAAAAAUUACAUAGUAUUAUUAUGUAUUUA